AAGAAAGAAAGAAGAAGAAUGGAAGAAGAAACAGAAAGAGGAAAAAGAGAAGUUUGAGAAAGACAAGAAGGAAAUGAUACAGAAAGAAAGAGAUCAUCAACAGAAAUUACAGCAGGAGUAUGAACAGAAAGCACAAGAGGAGGAGAAGAGACUAAGAGAGUUAGAGGAGAAAAUCAAACAUGCAGAGGAAAGUAAAAAGAAGGAGCUACUCAAGCUGCAGAUAACUCAGCAGAGAGAGUGGGAGAGGAGGAAGCAGGAGGAGGAAAAGAGGAGAGAAGAAAAGGAGAAGAAAUGGAGAGAAAAAAUGGAGUCUAAGGAAAAAGACUGGCAAUUUCAGCAAAAUAAGAAGCAAAUGCAGCAUGAACAUGAGAGAAAAAUGGAGAUGGAAAGAAGAGUCCUGGAAGAAGAAAGGAGGAAACAGAAAGAGGAGGAAGAAAAGAAAAGAAUAGAGAAUGAUGCUCAUGAAAAGAUAAAACGGUUGACAGAACAACUAGAGGCACAAAGAGAGAAAGAAGAAAAAAGAAGACAAGAAAAAGAUGAACAACACAGAAAAGAACUGAAGAAACAGGAGGAAUAUUUUAGAAAAGAGAGAGAAGAAGCAGAAAAAAAACAAAAAGAGGAGGAGCAGAGAAAACUUGCCUUCAUCAAAGACACUCAUGGAAAACAGAUUGAGGAUUUUAAGAGGCAAAUGAAACUAACAGCAAGAUUAGAGGCAGAGAAGGAAUUGUGUGCCAAACUUAAUGAAAACAUUAAAAAGGCUAGAAAAGAAGGAUUUGAAGAAGGCUGUGAAAAAGUAGAGGCAGAAAGAACAGUACCAGGCAGAACUGUAGAUGCAUUUAUAAAAUUUGUUCAAAGAGGAUUAAAUAAAUAAAAUUAAAUAGUUCAGAAAUGGAAUGAAGACUUGAGUUUAAAUGCAAUUUGGACUACAUAAUGAUAGUUUCAUAAUAUUUUUGUUCCUUACACAUUAAUUGAUUGUCAUUUGACAUUUAAAUACACAUAUUUAACUUCACAUUUAACUGAAUUCAUUCACUUUAGAAAAUAAAAUACAAACUGUUUGACAUUGCAACUUUUUGUCUAACACGAAGAUAUUCUAUACUAAAGUCAUUGCUAUGGAGAUGGCACAGAGUUAUAUAUUUUUAUAACCAUGUUAACAUUUUCACCUGAUUACACAGGCUCCUUUGACAGAUUAAUUAAACAAAUUAAAAUCAUUUAGAAUUGUCUUCUAAGCCUUCUGUUAAAACUUUUGUGGAAUUUUUUUACACCAAGACAUAAAUUUCAGUCCAUAUUAAUAAUAAAAUAAAGUCCAUAUUAAUGGUUUUUUAAUAAGGGUUACAUUUUUCUCCCAUGUAGAUGCAGAGAAGCUUAUUCAUGCUUUUAUAAUUAUUAGGAUCAACUACUAUAAUAUUAAUCUUUCACUGUCAUUCUAAGAGAUCCAUUAAUAAGUUACAAUUGAUUCAGAAAGCUGCUGCACAUGUUCCCAAAAAAGGGCCCAUACUACUUCUGUUCUGAAGUCCCUCCACUGAUAACCCAUAAAGUUCAGAAUUGAUUUUAAUAUAAUUUUAUUAGUUUUGAUAACUAUUCCCACACUAGCCCCCAAAUAUACAUUGGAGGUUAUUCAAUUUCAUGAAGGAAACAGAUCCCUCCCCUCCUCUGGUACUAACCUACUUGCCUUUCCCAGGGAACGGACAAAGAUAUACAGAGAGGCAGCUUUUAGCAUAUGAUCCUCACCUUUGGAACAGCCAUCCAGAGAAUCAGAGGAAUGAGCGCAUUAAAGAUUUACUCUUUUAACAAUGCUUGUACUUCAUAAUCCUUUUAUCUUAUUUCAGUGAUAUUUUAAUUUUAUUCUUAAUUUUAAUUAAUUUAUUUCUAUUAGAUGCUUAUUAAUUACUCUAAUAACAUAUUGUUCUAAUUCUUUCAACUUAUUUUAUAGUAUUGUUUUGAUUAUUUGUUUUCAACAUUUGUGUUUUCUUUUUAACCAUUACCUGGUUCAACAUUUGUUUUAUGUUCUUGUUACUUUCAUUUCAUUUUCUGGGCCUUUGUCUGUAUGUCAGUCUGUGAAGCACUUUGAAUUGCAACUGCUUGUAGGAAAGAUGCUAAAUAAAUAAAUAAAGAUAUGAUUCAUAAAAUACACACACAGACACACACACAGACAAACACACACACACACACACACACACACACACACACACACACACACACACACACACACGCACAUAAUUAGGUAGCUGUCCAGUUAACUUGCUUGGUUACUUUGAUUACGUGUUUGUUUCAGCUGUGCAUGUGUGAUCAGUUGCUAUGUAACAGACAUGACAGUUGAUUGUCGACUUUAAUCAAGUAAAUUAAGAUUUCUUAAGUGGAGAUAAGAUGCUGUAAGAUAAGACCCCUAAAUCAAGAUUAGAUUUGCUUCUGUAAUAUGGAUUUGUGAAAAAUCUUAUCUUGACUUGUAGAUCGUAAGUUAUGACAAAAGGAUAGUAAGUUGAGGGGCCCUUCACCAGUUUGACCAAUUUUGACUUGGAAGUUUCUUUCAUUUUCACUUUCUUGUUUUUAUUUUGAAAGGAUCGUUGUACAUGUGAAAUAAGUGUAUAUUGUUGGGAUCGUUUAUAUGUCUACUAAACAAAAAAAAAGAAACAUUUCAAAAACAAUCAAUUAACUGCUCAUUAUUGCUCAUUACCUAUUAAUUUAUUCUUAGAACCUCUGAAAAUUGUGCUUGAAUUUUGGUGUUUUGGUCAAUUACAAUUUCAGUUCUCAAGUAUAUACAUGACACUGUCACAUAUGCCAUUGUUGUUAUUUUCAGGAAAGUCUGGGCUCCUCAGAUAUGCCAUUAUUUGGUUUUAAUACUGAAAAAUUAAUGUAAUUUGAAAUGGCCAAAUAUUGUUAUUUUAUAAGCAGGUGUGGAGACAGAGAGCUGUUUAUUUAUACACAACACAAAAGCCAUUUGGCUUUUCAGCCAAAGUAAGAAAACAUCCUCGCUAGGACUUCUCAGUCCUUUCCUUUCAUUUGCUUUCUUUAGCUCAGCUUGGCUAUCCUCUCACACCUUCACUGGUCUCCUUCUUUCUGGGAUCUGCCACCUACUAAGGAAAGAGAUGGCUAUAAGUGGGGUGGCAGAAACAAGGCACAGGUGACUAUCAUCAGCUACUUAGCCCACUGGUUGAGCCCAGCCAAGUCUCCAUCCUGCAUGUGACACUCAGCCAUGCCCCCUUCUCAUGUGGAGAUUUAUACUGGGCAUUUAAAUGGACAUAAAUGUAGGAUAUGAAUGGUGGUCUUCUGAUCUGGAUCUCAAUCUUUGUUGAACCUCGAUAAAAUCACUCUGGACACAAUGUGAGUCCUGCUGUAACUAUGAUGGGUGAAUCGUGUUGCUGUUUUAAAUGUUUAUCCAUGUGAAGGUUAAAGUAGGCAGCUGAUAGCAGGCUUUACAGUGAAUUUGGAUUUGUUUGGUGCAGGAUUUCUGACUGGUGUUUGGUUAGAGGUGGUUUGUUAUAAUAUAAAGGCUAAAAGCAGAGAUAUAAUGAUGGAGUCCAAUGAGACCUCAUGUUUGGGCUUGGUAAUCAAUGACAUUGCUUGACUUAGGCAGGAGAGGUUUGAGUCACAUAACAAAUGACAAAGAAAAAUAAACAGUGACAUUUAUUGUACAUCACAACAAUACCUACUUAAAUCCUUCUCUUUAGUUGGGCAAAAUAAAAAAAACAAUGAAUGAAAGUAAUGAGAGCUCUCAGCGUCUCAGUAUUAAAAUCAAGUGGUAACAAUAUUUAAUAAUUAAAUAUUAAUGAACUAUUAGUUUCCUAUUGUUUAGUCAUUAGUUAACUCUUCAUUAAGCAUUUCCUGUUACUUAGUAACUGAUUAAGCACUUAUAUCAAUUAACAGUUACACUGUUACAAUUAACAGAGUACACUGUUAAUUGAUAAGUUAGUUUUUCGUAAGUUUAUAGCUUACUUACUCAUCUGUGUACUAACUACUGCUUAUUACAUUGUUAAUGAACUAGUAUUUUUAUUCAUAUGAAGAAGUGACAUCACUAGCACUUAUGCGUUAAUCCUGUUAAUUAGCUGUUAAUUAAUUUCCAUCACCUCCGUAUAUACAGUUGCUUCACUUUUCUCACAUUGGUUUUUAUUCAUUAAAGACGCUUAUGGUCAACGGAAUACAUGUGUGUGAAUGAGAGGGAGGCAGGUGGAAAGGUGAAGAUGCAAGGAGUAGAGGUCGUAAAGGUGGAUGACUUCAAAUAUC